AUAAAAAGAAGAAAGUCCCUAUAGGUGGAUCACGGUCCAGCAAAUAUGCUAAAAAUGAACAGAAUGUGAAUGAGGAGCAGACAGACGUGAGGAGGACAGGAGCUGCCAGUGGUCCGGCCAAUAUAAACAAGGCACGUCCUGUUCCAAACCGACAGGGAGAGAAUAUCGCUGUGCUAGCUGCAGAGAGUGCAAGCCGAUCCUUGACUUCUGAAACAGACAGGUCAGUUUCAGCUCCUCUUCUCAGACCAGUUGCUCCCGGUCCUCCGCUACACUCUCAAUACACCAAACCACUGGAUGAUGCUGAAGUUUUUCAGGAGCUCCCUGAGGAAAUUCCAUUAAGUGUAUCCUUGGCUCCUGAAAAAUCAGAGUCAUUUCAAGCUCUUGUGCCCUCUUCUCCUUCUCCACUGCACACGGAACCCCUGAGAGAUGCUGAAACUCUCCCCAAACACCUUGAACAGACAUUAAGUAUUUCUGAAAAAGAAGAGCUGGUUUCCAGUCUUAUUCCAGUUGUCCCUCUUUCUCCACAACAACCUGAGUACUCCAAGACGUUGGAUGAUGCAAGCAUUCUGCAGAAGUCCUUUGACCAGGCUCCACUAAGCAGUGUUCCCUUGGCUUCUGAGGAGGAAGAAUCACUUCCAGCAUUUUUACUUGCACCUGAUACCCCUCACCCUCCUCAGGACUUGGAGUGCACCACUUCUUUGACACUUCCAGAUCACAUUGAGCAGACUCAAAUAAGUGUUUCCCUGACAUCUGAAAAGGAAGAAUCAAUUCCAGCUUUUCAUCUUGCACCUGUUGCCCCUGAACUUCCACAACUUGUUGAGCACACUGAGGCUUUGCCUGAAGCUGAAGUUCUCCAGAGUCACCUUGAACAGCCUCCAUUAAGCCUGCCCUUGGAUUCCGAGGAGGAAGAACCAUUUCCAGCUUUUCUCCUUGCACCUAUAGAUCCCGAUCCACCCCAAGACUCUGAGUGUGCCAAGCCUUUGGAUGAUGCUGAAGUUCUCCUGAAUGAACAGAUUUCAUUAAGUGUACCUCUGACGUCUGAAAAAGGAGAGCCUGCUCCAGUUCUUCUGCCUGUAGAAGCUCCCUCUCCACAGACACCUGAGCAAACCAAACCACUAGAUGAUGCUGAAGUUCUCCAGCCCCAAUGUGAAGAGUCUCCAUUAAGUGUUUCCUUGGCUUCUGAAAAAGAAGAGCCGCUUCUUGUCCCAGCUGCUGCUCCUGACCCUGCACAAGACUCUGAGUGCACCAAGUCUUUGGAUGUUGUUGACUUUCUCCAGAAUGACCUUGAGCAGCUUCCAAUAAGUGUACUUUCAUUUGGUGAAGAACAAGGUUCCCUACAUCCUCUGUUUGCAGUUCCUUUUGAAACUAAUGUUGAAGCUGUACAAGAGUCCCAAGAGCAUUUUAUUGACAGCUCCUCUGUGCCUAGUGAUAUCAAAGACACAGACUGUACCUCUGAACUACCAGUUUCUGCUGUUAACUCUGCUGUACAGAACAAUAUUUUACUCCAGGAUGACACUGAGCAGUCUGCAUUAAGUCUUUCUGUGCCUGGUGACAGCGAAGAGCAAAUCGAUCAUCUUAUCCCAUCUACGACUCCUUUUCCAUCUCCACAAUCUGAUGGUGUUGACGAGUCACACACGAAUACUACAAACCUCCAAACAGAGCCAAAAAAUACUUCCAGUAGUGAAAUUGCAGAGUCGAUUCUAGCUCCUUCUCUACUUAUCAGUAAUGCAGAUGCUCUUGGGGUUGAAGACACUGUGAAAAGCGUUGCUGUGCCUUCUGAUGGUGAAGGCAUUGUAGGGAGUCCCACUGCUCCUGAACCUCUGCCACUUACAGUUCUACAAUCCAAUGAGAAAGUCGAGGUAUCCAGUGAGACAAGUCUGCAAAGUCAGUACACAAGUGUGCCUGGGUCUCGUGAUUCGGAAGAACCAAUAGAUGCUUGUUUCCCAUCUGAAUCACCUUUUCUUUCACCUGAAGGCAUUACCAAACCUCAGCCUGAUGCAACAGAUCUUCAAGAACUUGUGAGGAGCUCAGACUCAGAGGGAGCCUUUGAGACACCAGAAGAGACAACACCUGUCAAAGUCCCUCCCCAGCUCACUCCUACCGCUGCUGAAAAGGAAAGCCAGGAGCAGAUCCCCUCAGAAGAUUCAGUCGUUUCUCCUGACAAUCAGAUUGUUGCUGCCCCUGAGAGCUCGCCACUGCAAACUGAUUCCUUCAGACCACUCCCUGAGUCAGCUUCAAUUGUCUUUGAUGAAGAUAAACCAAUAGCCAGCAGUGGAGCCUAUAAAAUUGACUUUGAUAGUCUUGACGUCUUGGACUCUUUAACUCCAAGCUCACCUGGAAAGACAGAAGGUUCUGACCCUGGGAAGCAAGCCAAUGAGAAGCCUCUGCACACACUGACCACCUCCAGCCCACCAACCCCACAGUCUCCGCCAUUCUCACGAAAACCAGCUGGAACUACAGAUGUUGGUAGCACGGAGGAUGUGGCAAAAACUCUGCAGGCAGAGGCUUUUAGCAUAGCCUCAGAUAGUGCUCCCAGUGUUAAGAAAAAGAAACCACGACCAUUAUCUAUAAAAAAGAAGACCAAAUCGGAGAAGCCAGCAGAGAAACCAGCGGAAACACCAGCGGAAAAGCCAACAGAAACUCCAACUACAACAGAAGCCCAAACAAGGUCGACUGGUCCCAAGGCAAAUAAAGAACUGAAUAUAGCUGAAUCCUCCUGCACUAGCUUGCAAAGUUCUACAGAUCUUCAGGAGUCUCCUAUUCCUCACCUGGCCAUUGGUUCUGAUCAAGACAGUAUUUCUGAGCUCAAUCCAUUUGCCAGUGGAGAUAAACUACAAAACUUACAAAAAGCACAAAGUGAAAGUGAGAACUUUCCUGUUGCAUUAAAAGAAUUGGACAAAAUAACAACUGAGUCUAGCAUAGUGUCUGAUUCUCCAGCAGUGGGUCAUGCAGUGAGACUGGAAUUUGAUUAUUCUGAGGACAAAGACAGCUUUGAAACUGAUCUAGAAAAAAAACCUGUUCCUAAGAAAUUUGGCAAAAAGACUGGUGGGAAGAUGCCACUAAGAAAGCCAAAGCUAGGAACAAAAAAGGCUCCACCAGCUGAAAAGGUAGACAGUGUCCCAUCAUCUUACUCAUCUGCUGAUCCUGAUGAUAUCCCAAUUCCAAAGAGUACAUAUUCAUUCGACCCUUCAAAAUGGGAUGAUCCUAAUUUCAAUCCCUUUAGUACCAAUGUACAGGUGCCAAACUCUCCCAAGUUGCCUCGUGCUUCAUCUAGUAUUGAUGUGGACAACUGUGAAAGCUCAGCGGAUUCAUUUAAAUCUUCCACAAAUAUCUCAGGAUCUCCUUCUCAUUCCCCCGCUUCAUUCGAGGUGAAUGAUGACACUGGUGCAAGCGAGGGGGACAGUAACAAUAAGUCAUCAAAGAAGAAGAGGCUACCUUUAAAAACAAAUACUUUUAGGGUGAAGAGAUCCCCAAAGCGAACCCCACUCUCAGAAACAUCUUCACAGGAUUCAACACCACUUACCACCCCUGAAACACCACCAGUAAUCGGAACAGUGGAGCAUGCCACUGAUGAAGAGAAACUAGCCUCCUCAGUAACAAAUCAGAAGUGGUCCUAUUCUGGAAUACAAUCUGAAUUAGAAGAAGAUAAACCUGAUUAUCCUCAGCCCUCCGAUCUUUCUGCAUUCGUGAAUGAGAAUUCUGAGUUUGCAAAUGAGAACUUUUCUUCGGCGGUGUUGGGAUAUGAGCAAUCAUUAGAAAUAGAGUACAUGGAGAAACUUGGUUCAUCAUCACCUCAUCAUGACACAAAUGCAAAAAAACAGUCCAUGUAUUUAAAGAUCGAUUCUCUGAAAGAAAGUCCAAUAAAUUGUCCUCCUGUCAGAUUAUCUGUUUCAGCCACCUCUUGUUCAGGAUCAAGUUUAGAUGAUGUAGAAGAUGGCGUGCUGUCUUCUGCUACAAAUAAGCUUUCAGGUACACGACCCUUGGCUCCCAGCCAGGAAGCACAUUUACAUUCACCAGAUAAACCAGAAGAUGGGGAUUCCCUGAGCUCAUCUUCUGCAAAGUCCGAUCUGUCAACUCCUGAGGAACCAGUUGCCUCUGCAGAUGCCUUGUUAAGUAGGAUUGUAGGACACACAGAAGUAGAUGGGCUUGACUAUCUGCAACCUGACACCGCUGAAAAAAACCCUUCAGUGUUUGCAAGCAAGUUACAGGAAGAGCUAGUGUAUGCAGCCAUGAGGAUAGAAGCACUGAAGCUAGCCAAACAGAUAUCCAACUCUCCCAGCAGCUCCCUAGAUUAUGAGAUCAGAGGGAGGAGAGCAGCCCGAAGACAAAGGGCCAUUUCUGGCUCACAUUCACAACAAAGAGACAGUACGCCAUUAAUGGACACUCCCAUCACAAAAAAUGCACUCUACUCCAGAACUGGUGACAGUGAAGUGGAGGAUUCUCUAGCCGAUGGACAUCACUACAACCAAAGAGAUUUGGAUUCUGCUCUGAGAGCAGCUAGGGAGGAGAUUGUUGAAAAGGAAGGGGAAGCAGCAGAAUGGAAAAGGAAAUAUGACGAAAGUAAACAAGAAGUUGUUGAGAUGAGGCGGAUUGUUGCAGAAUACGAGAAGACAAUUGCUCAAAUGAUAGAAGAUGAUCACAGAGAAAAAUCUAUCUCCCAUCACACUGUACAGCAGUUAAUCUUGGAGAAGGACCAGGCCUUGUCUGACCUGAACUCUGUGGAAAAAUCUCUUGCGGACCUCUUCAGGCGAUACGAGAAAAUGAAGGAGGUGUUAGAGGGGUUCCGAAAGAAUGAGGAAGUAUUGAAGAAAUGUGCCCAGGAGUACCUUGCCCGUGUAAAGAAAGAAGAACAGCGGUACCAUGCUCUCAAGAUCCAUGCAGAAGAGAAGCUUGACAAAGCAAAUGCUGAGAUCGCUCAAGUACGUGCCAAGUCCAAAUCGGAGCAGACAGCUUUUCAAGCCAGUUUACGGAAGGAACAGAUGAAAGUCGAGUCAUUGGAGAGAACUUUAGAACAGAAGAAUAAGGAAGUAGAAGAACUGACAAAAAUCUGUGAUGAACUGAUUGCCAAAAUGGGGAAGAGUUAAUGUUGCCUAUAUUUUUUGUCGAUAGUGGGGAAAUACUGAGUGCAAUAAAGCCAGUGGUACAGUAAUAUUGACUGACCUAUGUGGACAUUGUGGUUUUCACCACAUUUUAGUGCACUAUUUCUCUUUCCAGUGAGGACUGUUUAAUGUAUGUAGCAAUCAAAUGGCCCUUGCAAGUUUUCCUUUUACUAUCUGCUGUAUUGUAGUCUGGCACAUGGCAAGUUCCUGUAUCAGGGAGAUUGGUCGUUUGAUAGCUAGGUGAGACGUGUUUGAUAUUGAGAUUAAUUUCUUUAUGGUUCUUUUUAUGGGUUCCCUUGUAAUGUGUUUUAAAGUUUCAAUAUACUGUACAUUAAAUUACUGCAAGAGAAGUCUUGCCAAUUUUCAGUGAAGCCUUAAGAAUCUAGACUUGAUCUGCAUUCUGAAUUUGUAAAAAUGCAUGUGUCAAUGAAGUUCUCUAUUGUAAAUAAAAUUUAGUUUAAAAUCACAAUUGCUGUUUUCUUCAAAGUGAUUGCUUCUAGUUUUAUCUCAGCAGUCUAUGCAAAAUUAACUCUUCAGAGGAAACCUAUUACAAUGUUUGAGGUGGCUACAAUUUGUCAGACUCUGUGAAGUUUGUUUCUUUUUAAGUGUUGAACAUAAGGAAGAAAAGAGAUGUAUGUUUAUUCUGAUGUUGCAUUCUGUUCUCUUUAUGGCUCACACACAUCUCAGUUUGCUGUACAUCUCUUGUCAGUGGCCAGUUUCUAAAGCAAUAAAGAUGUUAGUUUACCUGAA